AUGGGACAGACGGUAACGACUCCACUCAGUCUGACGUUAGAUCACUGGACAGAAGUGAGAGCGAGGGCACACAAUUUGUCAGUAGAAGUUAAGAAAGGGCUAUGGCAGACUUUCUGUACCUCCGAAUGGCCCACUCUUAAUGUAGGGUGGCCCCCGGAAGGGACUUUUGACCUCUCCACUUUACUUGCAGUAAAAGCUGUUGUUUUUCAGAGUUCGUCUCAAGGACAUCCGGAUCAGCAACCCUAUAUUGUGGUCUGGCAGGAGUGAGUGGAAAAUCCACCACCCUGGGUAAAGCCCUGGGCGCAAAAGAAAAUGAACUCUCGAGUCUUAGUGGCCCAGGCUCAACCUCAGAGCAAGGAAAAAGAGACUACCAAAAUUCACCCUGACACUCAAGAUUUACUUAUGGUUGAUGAUCCCCCUCCCUACCCUCCUGCCCCAGCCCCAGCGCCUCCAGCCCCGGCUCCCCCAGCCCAGGUGCCCUCAGCCCCGGCGCCUCCAGCCCAGGUGCCCCCAGCCCCAGCGCCCCCACUGCCCCUAGCUUCAGGCACCGGGGCAGUGGGACCGCUUCCGGGACCGGCCCAGGGAACUCGAUGCCGCCGAGGGGCCGCAAUGGACCCCCCGGGUAUUUUUCCCCUCCGGUCUUAUGGGGCCCCCAUCCUUGGAGAGGAAGGGGACCCGCCUUUCCAACCUCUGCAAUAUUGGCCAUUCUCCUCUGCUGAUUUAUACAACUGGAAAGCUAACCACCCUCCUUUUUCAGAAGAACCACAGAAACUAACUGGACUGAUAAAGUCCCUAAUGUUUUCUCACCAGCCCACUUGGGAUGACUGUCAGCAGCUUUUACAGGUGCUCUUCACCACGGAAGAAAGAGAAAGGAUCUUCCUGGAAGCACGAAAGAACGUGCCUGGAGCUGACGGAUGACCAUCACAACUCCCUCAUGAUAUAGAAAGGGGGUUCCCACUGACCAGACCCAACUGGGACUUUAAUUCUCCAGAAGGUAGGGAGCGACUAACCAUCUAUCGCCAGGCUCUGGUGGCGGGUCUUCGCGGGGCCGCGAGGCGCCCCACCAAUUUGGCCAAGGUAAGAGAGGUCAGUCAGGGAGCCACUGAGGUGCCUGCAGUGUUCUUAGAACGCCUGAUGGAAGCCUUCAGGGUUACUACCUUUGACCCCACUUCCGAGGAGCACAGUGCCUCAGUGGCUCUUGCUUUUAUUGGGCAAUCAGCACCCGAUAUUAGAAAGAAGCUUCAGAGAUUGGAAGGCUUACAAGAUUUGUCGCUGAGAGAUUUAGUGAAAGAAGCUGAGAAAGUUUAUCAUAAGAGAGAGACUGAGGAAGAAAAGGAAUUGAGGAAGGAGAAGGAAAGAGAAAGUAAAGAGGAAAAAAGGGAUAGGAAACAUGAGAAAAAUUUAACAAGGAUCUUGGCCGCAGUGGUAGAAGGCAAGGGACGCCCGCCCUCUAGCGGCAGAACUAGUAAGGCAGGGCACCUGGGCAACCGGCCUCCCUUGGAUAAAGAUCAAUGUGCAUAUUGCAAGGAAAAAGGGCACUGGGUAAAAGAAUGCCCUAAAAAGCCACUAAAAAAGCCUCCGAAGAAGGUGUUGUCCCUGCUGGAAGACGAGGAUUAGGGAAGACGGGGCUCAGAGCCCCACCCCGAGCCCAGGGUAACUCUGAAAGUGGAGGAGCAACCCGUUGAAUUCCUGGUAGACACCGGUGCUCAACAUUCUGUAUUGACUCAGGCAAAGGGCCCCCUCUCUGAUAAAAAAUCUUGGGUGAUCGGGGCUACGGGCCAGAGACAAUAUGUGUGGACUACCCGGAGAACAGUGGAUUUAAGAGUAGGACGAGUAAACCACUCGUUCCUUGUUAUACCGGAAUGCCCCACACCCCUGUUAAGAGACAUUUUAACCAAAGUGGGGGCCCAAAUAUCCUUUCAAGCCGGGGAACCUCUGGUGACCAAUCAAGAGAAUAAACCUUUGAGCUUAAGCGUCCUGACUAUAAGAUUAGAAGAUGAAUACCGUCUUUUUAAGGAGCCGGAGCCCUCCAAAAUAAGUCAGGAGUGGUUUGACCGGUUCCCAGGAGCCUGGGCAGAAACGGCCGGCACUUCUGCGCAGCGGGCAGAGCUCGUCGCCCUGACUCAGGCUUUAAAGAUGGCAGAAGAAGUAAACACUGAAUUAAUUAAGAGUCAAGCUACCAUCCUGAGCACUACCAUCAGUGUCAUACAGUUUCAGCUGACUGUAGGCCAAAAAUUCACUAGCCAGUUUGCUUCUAUACCCAUGUGCUGCUGCUUAAACCGCAUUAAAAAGCUCUGCACAGCUGCCGGGGGUUUCCUUGCGGCCCGUCGGCAAGUGCGGCUGGAGGAGGGAACCGCCGCUCCUCCCCCUGCCUACAGUCCGCUCGGGGCGCCGAUGCUGAUGUACACUGAGGGUCACAUAGCAGCUCAUGCUGUGUCCCGCUAA